AUGAGAGUUGAGCGGUGAGAGUGAACGAGUGGGAGCUGCCACGUAUACAUGGGUUUGGGACUGAGCACAACGGGGGUAAUUGAAGAUAGGACUUAUACUCGCUAAAAAGUGGGAGGAAAGGACGUUUUGCAUACUAUGUUGGCCACGGGUGUACACGUUUCUCACGCACUCGUUUUCACCUUCGUGCUGGGUUUUGCCAGCAGUGCUCUGAUUCCAGAGCCCGAUGUGAAAAUUGACGUGCUGCAAAAACCUUUCCUCUGUCACCGAAAGACCAAACUAGGUGACCAGUUACGGAUACAUUACACUGGAUUUUUUGAGAAUGGCACCAUGUUUUACUCCAGUCAAAAAAGCAACGACGGCCAGGCGAUUUGGUUCACACUUGGGAUCAAAGAAUCCCUUAUUGGCUGGGACAGAGGUUUACGUGAGAUGUGUGCAGGAGAGAAGAGGAAGCUAGUCAUUCCCCCAGCCCUUGCAUUUGGAAAAGAAGGAAGAGGAAAAAUUCCACCUGAAAGCACCUUGAUAUUUGAAAUUGAACUUCUUGAGAUCAGAAAUGGACCACGGUCACACGACUCUUUCCAAGAGAUGGACCUCGACGAUGACUGGAAAUUGUCCAGACAUGAAGUGAAAGAGUAUCUCCGCAGAGAAUUUGAUAAAUAUAGAGUUGCACAAAAUGACACGCAACAGGACUCUAUGGUCAACGACAUCUUUAAGAAUGAAGAUGAAGACGAAGAUGGAUACAUUUCUGCUAGAGAAUUUACGUAUAAACAUGAUGAGCUAUAAGUCAAUGGUUCUGUCCCUUCUACAUAUUUGGAUAUUACGUUGGUGAUUUUAAGUGUUUGUUUUUCAUAGGAGCAAGAAUAACUUGACUGUAAAAUAAGCCUGAUAAAUGAAAUUGUUUUAGAAGCCUUAUUUUAAAAUUUAAUCUGAUACAUUCUAUAAGAGGAAUGGAUAAAUUUGGAUGGGAUGUUUACCUCCAAUUUGGAUAUUUUAUACAAUAAUGUUGACAUUCACUCAGUAAGUGCAGGCAUUUCUGUGGGAAUUAACAUCAAUCAUAAUUACGUGACCAUCAUCUUGAUACUGUUGAGGAAUCCCAGAAAAAAGGGCAACAACAACACUGUAGCAACAUGGAACUACACCAAGAGGAGGAGGAAUACCACUUCCAAGUGUUCAAGGAUAAUGGAUAUCCAAAGAACUGGGCCAGGAGAUGCCUACAGGAGCAGCAUCAGAAAGAUCCUACACGCCCCAACACACUCAUCACACUACCCUGCAUCAGGAACACGUCAGAACUCAGCAUAAGACUUUGACCGCUGGGCAUCAGAGUGGCACACAAACCCACAUCAAACCUACAACAAGUGUUCACCCAAACUAAAGACCCACUCCCUGCCAUGGACAGGGUCAAUGUCAUCUACAAGAUUUCUUGCAGAGACUGCGAGAAACACUACAUCCGACAAACAGGAAGGAAACUAACAACAAGGGUACAUGAACGCCAACUGGCUACAAAAAGACGUGAUCAAUACUCACUCCUCUCAAUCCACGUGGACAAGGGGAAGCACAACUUCAACUGGGACAACACCAAGAUCCUGGGACAGGCUAGGCAGAGACAAGCACGGAAUUCCUGGAGGCAUGGCACUCCACAAAGCAGGCUACUAAUAAACACUUUGAAUUCGACCUCCUAUACAUUCCACCAUGGAGGAAACCUGGAAGUGAGGCAAUCCAUCUCAACAGACCCCAGAGUUUAAAAGCCAGGGGGGAGAACACACCAACACUUCAUCAGAGGCUGCACUGAGGAUGUUACCAAGCACGGUAAUGAAAUGUCUGCAGAACAACAAACCAGUUCGGCGAGCCAACCAACUUCAACACCCACAAGCUGAGCUACAACCUACUCCAAAACCUUAGAGGAACCUCAAGCACACUACUGGUUCCUUAUAUUAAUUUUGAAAGGGGUUGCUGUCCUGCUCCAUUUGCAAAGCUAAAUUGUUAUUCUUUGCACCCUACGACAUUCGUGGUAUCAAGGAGGGUGUUAGAUAACAAAAUGUUACGCCAAUCUGCACCUUAUCAAUGAGUCAUACACUCUCUUUAAUUAGUUUAUCAUUGAAUUUUUUUUACAUAAAAAUACUGCCAGUGUAUUGAAGCAUAUGCUAGGAAGCUUGUUGUCGCAGUACAAAAUGUGACAACUAUCCUAUUACUGAUUUUUGCCUUUUACCACCCCUACCUGCCACAACAACAAACUUCAAUUAGAUGCCAUUAAUUGGAAUAACGUUGUCUUUUUUCUUAUUUAUGAAUGUUAUUUAUUAUUGAUCAUGUUAAACUGUAGCCAAGAUAAUUAUAGACGGAGCAAGAUCAUUCUGCUAACUUAAUUCACCCACCUGCAGAUCCUCCAAUUCACUAAGCAUCACAUUCCAAUUUCUUCUUUGGUACCAGAGUUUUUGACGCAACUGUCCUGCCUGAAGUCUGUUCCACAUGUUCACUUUAUGUAAAUGACUUGUAGUCAGAUUCCUAAAAUCAUUAGGUUGAAUCCUUGUCCAACAUUCUCAAUUUAAAGUAAUAUUUAUUUUAUGUACUAAGGUUAUCCUUUAAAUGUUUCCUUUCCAUGCUGAAGACCUUAUAUUUCUCUUGUCUUUCCUCACAACUUCAGACCUUUAGCAUCAGCCUUCUAACCAUUUCCUGCUCUGCCUUAAGUACUUGAGUGUCUUUGAUUUGUUUCACCAGCUUGAUCAUGUGCUAUGCUGAAAAUUUGGCCUGACCAGAGUACUACAUUGUUUGGCUAUAUUUCUUUCUGACUGGUAAUGUCAGUAUAGUUCCAUGUUUUACUGGCCUUGUUGAAUUAUGCUCUGUUUGUAUCUGUUGCAAGUCAAGUCUAUAAGCCUUCCCCUUGGCUAUUCUAAAAAUUCACAAAUUAUGGUACAGAUUUGUACUGCUAAAGACACAAACUCUACUUUGAUUUUCUGAAUAAUUAGAAAAACAUGUAACAUUAAAUUGUACCCACAGACCUUUAAAACUGUCAUUCUGAUAUGCUCACUAUGGGAAAGUAAAAGUAGAAAACAUUUUACCUUUUCAAAAUUAAUAGAUGUGAUUGGUUAUGCUGCAAGUGUGGUUUUAAAUUCUGUCUGAAUUGAACACUUAAAAGUAGGCACUGUUUACACUGUAUUGUUUGAACUUGCCUGGAAAUGGAGAACAAAGUGGAAAUUAAUACUGGAUCAGCGACAUAUCUGCAUCAAGGGAAUAGAGCCGAUACACAGAUUUUACAAUGAAGUGUUCUUCUCAUCUUGGCACUUGUGAGGGGUUGCUGAUAAUCUGCUCAAUGAAAACUCAACUCACUUGCCAUUGAGUAAUAAUUAACUGGUGAAUAAUUAAUUUGUGAAGGAGGAGCUGUAAAAUAGAGUUGACUCCAAGUGAUAGAAUCAACAGUAGGAAUUUGAUUUUGUUUUAGAGCAGUGUUACUAAUCCGAUACUUGGUCAAGGAAACUUCACAGUAUUCUAGAACGCUGUUGGUAAUUGAUCAGCCAGUCAAACUCAUUGGGGCUAGGAAUGUGGGACCUACAACACUUCUCAAUUGACUCCAGAUUGUUCAGUAGGUUGAACCCUGUAAACAGAAAUUCUAUUCAUGUGGAUUUCUCAGAAGUUGCAUUUGGUAAUUCUUCAUGAUUGACAGGUAGGAGACAGGCAAAAAGUUAUAAAUGACAAGUUUUGGCAAAUCUAGUGGUGGUUUUUCUAAACAUUUGUGGGAUAUGGGUGUUGCUGGCUGCCUAGCAAUUCUUGCCCAUCUCAAGUUGCCCUUGUGGUGAUGUCUUUGUGGCACUUUAUCAUGAAUGGCAUCAAGCAUUUUGAGUGGUGUUGGAGGUGCAUUCAUUGGGUAAGGUGGUGGUGAGCUGCCUUCUUAAACUGCUGCACUUCUCCGAAAGUGGGUUGACCCACAAUGCUAUUAGGCAAGGAAUUCCAUGACUUUGACCCAGUGACUGUGAAGCAACGGCAAUAUAUUUCCAAGUCAGGAUGGUGAAAGACUUGGAGGGGAACUUGGGGUGGUGGUAUUCCCAUAUAUCUGCUGCCCUUGUCCCUCUAGAUUGAAGUAGUUGUGGCUUUGGAAGGUACUCUCUGAGGAUCUUUGGUGAAUUUCUACAUUGCGUCUUUCAUAUAGUACAUACUACUGCUAUUGAGAGUUGGUGCUGCAGGGAGUGGAUACUUGUGCGUGUAGUGCCAAUCAACCGUGUUUUGUCCUGGAUGGUGUCAAGCUUCUUGAGCGUCGUUGGGGCUGCACUCACGCAAGCACGUGGGGAGUAUUCCAUCAUGCUCCUGACUUGUGCCUUUGUAGGUGGUGGACAGGCUUUGAAGAGUCAGGAGUUGAGAUACUCACCGCUGUAUUCCUAGAUUCUGGCAUGCUCUUGUAGCCACUGUUAAUGUGGUAAGUCCAGUUGAGUUUCUGGUCAAUGGUAACUCCCAGGAUGUUGAUAGUGGGUGAUUUAGUGAUGGUAACAUCAUUGAAUGUCAAGAGGUGGUGGUUAGAUUGUGCAAUCAUUGGCCAACAUCCCCACUUAGACCUCAUGAUGGAGGGAAGGCCAUUGAAGCAGCUGAAGACAGUUGGGUCGAGGACACUACCCUGAGGAACUCCUGGAGCUGAAUUAAUUGACAUCCCACAACCACGACCAUCUUCCUUUGUGUUAGGUAUGCUUCCAACCAUUGGAGAAUUAUCCCUUGAUACUCAUCAUUGAUUCCAGUUUUGCUAGGGCUUCUUGAUGCCACAUUUGGUCGAAAGUAGUCUUGAUAUCAAGGGCUGUCAAUCUCACCUCACGUGGAAUUCAGUUAAUUUGAACCAAGGCUGUAAUGAGAUCAGGAGCUGAGUGGCCCUGGCGGAACCCAAACUGGGUGUCACUGAGCAGGUUAUUGCUGAGGAGAUGCUGCUGAAUAGUACUGUUGAUGACACUUCCCAUCACUUUACUAAUGAACAAGAGUACACUGGGGCAGUAAUUGGCCAGGUUGGAUUUGUCCUGCUUUUUAUGUACAGGACAUACUUAGGCAAUUUUCCACUUUGUCUGGUAGAUACCAGUGUUGUAACUGUACUGGAACAGCUUGCUAGGGGAGCGAUAAGUUCUGGAGCACAAGUCUUCAGUAUUAUUGCUGGAAUGUUGUCAGGGCCUGUAGCCUUUGCAGUAUCCAGUGUCUCCAACUGUUUCUUGAUGUCAUGUGGAAUGAAUCGAUUUGGCCGAAGACUGGUAUCUAUAAUGCUGGGGACCACUGGAGGUGGCCGAGAUGGAUCAUCCACCUGGCACUUCUGGCUGAAGAUUGCUAUGAAUGCUUCAGCCUUAUUUUUUUCACUUGAUGUGCUGGGCUCUUCCAUCAUUGAACAUGGGGAUAUUUGUGGAGAAGCCUCUUUAAAGUUAAAAUGAGUUUCACAUGGUUAGGCUGAGCACACUAUUCUGACGAUCUCCUGCUGAGAUGAUUGACAUCUGACAUCCAACAACCACAACCAUCUUCCUUUGUAUCAGGUAUGAAUCCAACCCAGUGGCUCAGUGGUUAGCACUGCUGCCUCACAGCACCAGGAACCCUGGUUCAAUUGCACCCUCAGGCGACAGUGUGGAGCUUGCAAGUUCUCCCUCUAUCUGUGUGGGUUUCCUCCGGGUGUUCCAGUUUCCUCCCACAGUCCAAAGCUGCGUAGGCUAGAGGGAUUGGCAAUGUUAAAUUGCCCAUAGUGUUCAGGGAUGUGUAGAUUAGAUAGGUUAUAGGGGAGGGGUCUGGAUGGGAUUCUGUCUGGGUUGGUCUGGAUUUGUUAGGGCCUGUUUCUACACUUUAGGGAUUCUGUGGAGAAAUUGGGAAUAGGGGAUGGAAUUUUUGCAGGAGGCUGGGUGGGAGGAGGUGUAUUCUCGGUAGCUGUGAGUCGGUGGGCUUGAAAUGGACAUCAGUUACAAGCUGGUUGCCUGAGAUGGAGACUGAGAGGUCCAGGAAGGUGAGGGAUGUGCUGGAGAUGGCCCAGGUGAAAAAAUUCCAUCCCCUAUUCCCAAUUCCUCCACCACCACCACCCUCCUGCAAAAAUUCCAUCCCCUAUUCCCAAUUUCUCCGCCUCCGCCGCAUCUGCACCCAAGAUGAGGCAUUCCACUCCCACACAUCCCAGAUGUCCAAGUUCUUCAAGAACCGCAACUUUCCCCCCACAGUGGUUGAGAACGCCCUUGACCGCGUCUCCUGCAUUUCCCGCAACACAUCCCUCACACCCCGCCCCCGCCACAACCGCCCAAAGAGGAUCCCCCUCGUUCUCACACACCACCCCACCAACCUCUGGAUACAAUGCAUCAUCCUCCGACACUUCCGCCAUCUACAAUCCGACCCUACCACCCAAGACAUUUUUCCAUCCCCACCCUUGUCUACUUUCCGGAGAGACCACUCUCUCCGUGACUCCCUUGUUCGCUCCACACUGCCCUCAAACCCCACCACACCUGGCACCUUCCCCUGCAACCGCAGGAAAUGCUACACUUGCCUCCACACCUCCUCCCUCAUCCCAGGCCCCAAGAUGACAUUCCACAUUAAGCAGAGGUUCACCUGCACAUCUGCCAAUGUGGUACACUGUAUCCAUUGCACCCGGUGUGGCUUCCUCUACAUUGGGGAAAACAAGCAGAGGCUUGGGGACCGCUUUGCAGAACACCUCCCAGUCGCAAACCAUUUCCACUCCCCCUCCCAUUCUUUAGAU